UGGUGUCCUGAGCUUUGGCCUGGGCAUGUCACAUGACUGCAGAGCAAACUCAGGCAGCCAUUACUCAUUGCUGAAACGGCAAACAAAUGGCAGUCAAAUGUUGCACUGCCAUAGAACUUAGGCUGGAGUGGGAGCAAGGCCCUCUUUUCCCCGAUUUGCCACCACCACCACCACCACCACCACCACCCCUCUCCUGGUAGUAAUAGGGAGAAAAUAGGAUUGUAGGAUGGGGGAGGAGGUGACUGAAUGGUGUAAAUCUUUUGUAAGCUGACUGCCUGGCCCAUUGUCUGCAUGUCUGCUGCUGAGCCUGGCACAGAAACUAGUGGCACAUUACACAGAAGCUGUUGUCAGUGCCCCUCUUUUGCAAAUCUAACAUGUCAAUUCACAUCAACAAUCUAUUAUUGUCUAAUCAACCGUUCUUCAAACUUCCUUGUUGUUAUUGUGGACUCUGGACUCAAACCAGUCGUGUGCAUGCAUUUCUUACACGUUCUAUCGUAACAGUGUACAGACCUGCCAUUGUUGAGGAUCGCUGUAUUACAAAAGAAUGCAUGAGAUCCUAAAGUAUUAGUUCUUUCUCCCUGAGCAUGUAAUGAACACCAUGUUCUCUAUGUUCGACAUCUGUCACAACCAGCCAUAUGGGUGGGUCAGAAAUAAUGACACGUUCUGACUUUUGCAACUGAAAUACUCUCUUGUCUAUAUGGUAAAAGUCACCAUAAUGUAAAUCAUGCAUAUGGUUUAUUAUAUGGACUCACCCAACAGGACCUUACCCCUUCAGCAAAUAUUUGUGGGUUUGACUGGUAAUCCACCCCCCCCCUUUUUUUUUACGCCUUUGUCUUUAUGUAUGCAAAGGUCAUACGUUUUUAAAAUGUCUUACACAGGCAGUAAGAUGUUUUCUUAAAACCUUUGUCUUGAUGGUGGAAAGCCAUCAGACACCACUGUGAGUUCUCCGUCCCCGUUUGUUCUUUUCUAGAAGAAACAUAGACCUCGGGUACAUGGUCAAAAUGUGCUUUUGUUUAUGUGGCAAAAUACUGUCUCUGAUUAUGGUGAUUAUAGCAUCAGAUAAUGAGGUAAGCUUCCCCAUGGAAUCAGCACAUUUCUGCUGGUCCUUAUAUGAGAAAAUAUACGCUAAAUAGGCAGUAGAAUGGCACCUACCCCACCGACCAAUCAGCCAGUCUUAUGCAAGUGUCUUGCCCCGUUGAGAGGGAGACACAACAUAAGCAGCAGAUAGAAAGGCAUGUUGUGGAAAAUUUCUCAACCAUCCUAUGAUUCCAAUGUAAAGGUCAUCAAAUGAAGAAUAUGUCAGUUAACAAAAGCUUGGCUGAGGAGGAGUUCAAGACAGUGUCUGCUGUGGUCGAGGGGAUGGAGGUAUCGGUACCACCUAAAGUUCUUGAUCUAGGUCCAGCAGAAGCAACACCGGCUAGUCAAAAACGGAAAGCACCAAGUCCCCCUCACUCCUCUAACGGCCAUUCACCAUCUGACACAUCUCCCAGUGGGGUCAAGAAGAAAAAGAAACCUGGCUUGGUUCCCAGCAACAAUAAAGAUCAGUGUGAGCUAAGACAUGGUCCCUUUUACUAUGUCAAGCAGCCUGCACUCACCGCAGACCCUGUUGAUGUUGUGCCACAGGAUGGGAGGAAUGACUUCUACUGCUGGAUGUGCCACCGUGAGGGCCAGGUGCUCUGCUGUGAGCUCUGCCCACGUGUGUACCAUGCCAAGUGCCUCAAACUGGCUGCUGAGCCUGAAGGCGACUGGUUCUGUCCAGAGUGUGAGAAAAUAACAGUAGCAGAAUGUAUUGAGACUCAAAGCAAAGCCAUGACCAUGCUGAAUCUGGAACAGCUAUCCUACCUGUUGAAGUUUGCCCUGCAAAAAAUGAAGCAGCCUGGGACAGAGCCAUUUCAGAAACCAGUCUCUCUGGAGCAGCAUCCUGACUACGCAGAGUACAUUUUCAACCCAAUGGACCUGUGCACCUUAGAGAAGAAUAUCAAAAAGAAGACGUAUGGCUGCACAGAGGCAUUUUUGGCAGAUGUGAAAUGGAUCUUACACAACUGUAUUAUUUAUAAUGGAGGGAAUCAUAAACUUACUGCAACAGCAAAGGUCAUUGUUAAGAUCUGUGAACAUGAGAUGAAUGAAAUUGAAGUUUGUCCAGAGUGUUACCUGUCAGCUUGCCAAAAGAGAGACAACUGGUUCUGUGAACCAUGUUCUCAGCCCCAUCCACUGGUAUGGGCUAAGCUGAAAGGUUUUCCUUUCUGGCCUGCUAAAGCUCUGAGGGACAAAGAUGGCCAGGUAGAUGCUCGCUUCUUUGGCCAACAUGACAGAGCCUGGGUGCCCAUCAACAACUGCUACCUCAUGUCAAAAGAGAUUCCCUUCUCUGUAAAGAAGACUAAGAGCAUCUUCAACAGCGCAAUGCAAGAGAUGGAAGUUUAUGUGGAAAACGUACGCAAGAAACAUGGAGUGUUUAAUUACGCUCCAUUCAGGACACCAUAUACGCCAGACAACAUGUUCCAGAUGCUGCUGGAUCCAAGUAACCCCAGGAAAGGCACAGUCAUGCCAGAGAAACAGGACAAGAUCAAGUUUAACUUUGACAUGACUGCAUCUCCCAGGACACCCCUGGGAAAGAGUGUGGGACACAGGAUGAGUGACAUGCCCAGGUCUCCAAUGAGCACCAAUUCCUCAGUACACACAGGAUCAGACCUUGAGCAGGAUGCAUCAGAGAAAGGAACAAGAAUCCCAUCUAGCCACUACAGUACAGGAGAAGACUCUAUGGAUUGCACAGCAUCACCAGCAUGUCUGAAGAUCACAGGUAGCCCAAAACCUGUCCUACCUUCACCUCUUAAACAGGAGAGAACACAGAAUACUGCCAGCAUCCUCAACCUAAAUCUUGACCGCAUUAAGGCAGAAAUGGACCUAAAGGAGCUGAGUGAGACUGUACAGCAGCAGCAAGGCCCAUCUGUACUCCUUACCUCCCCAAAGAAACCCACUAGAAGUUUGGAUAAGACCAUAGAGAGCUGCAAGGCCCAACUAGGCAUUGAUGAAAUCUCUGAGGCUGUGUACCAAGGUGUAGAUCACAGUGAUUCUGAUGAUACUGACAAGUCUGACUCCAGCGACAGCGAGUAUGCAAGUGAAGAGGAGCAGGAGCUGAAAAAUGCCACAAAGAAUGAAGAGGACGUGGAAGCCGUCUUUAAAAACAAAAAAAGACUGAGACCUACAUCUUCACAACUGCAAAACAAUAAGAACCAGUCUGAAAACGCGCCCGAGAAGGUGGCCUCGGAGCCUCCUCUGAAAAAGAAAGCCAGUGUUGUUUCAGAGAAGGAAGCCCAGGAAAAGCCCCGGACAAUCCAACAGACACAGUCCCAGAAAGAGAGACCUUCAGCUGGCCAUGAGGGCAAGGCUGGAGCAGUGGAUGCAGAUUCAGACUCGGAAAGAGAACUAGUGAUCGACCUUGGUGAGGAGCAGGGAGGAAGAGAUAGGAAGAAACCAAAGAGAGAGGCUUCAUCAAUCUCCAACUCUAUAACCAAAGACAACGCAGUCAUCAAAACUGAAGGAAAGGCUCUGGCUGCUGCCAGCCCAUCAGUCUCUCCAUCCACAGUACCCUCUGCUUCAUCCUCCAAACCCAGCACAAGAGAUUCAACCCAGCCAGCCUUAAAGCCACCAAACACCACAUCCACCCCACCCUUCACCUCUUCCAGCACCACCUCUGUACCAGCUACUGCGACAAAUUCCUCUACGUCUGCUGUGGUAAAGAAACAGCGCCCUCUGCUGCCUAAGGAGACAGCACAGUCCGGUCAGGCGUCUGUGGUUUGGAACCAGGCUGGGAAUAAGAUCCAGACCUCCUCACCGAAGUGGCACCUGCAGAAAGUUCAGAAGCAGCAACAUGGCUCACAGUCUCAAAGUCCAUCAGCUUCCAGCAAUGCCAGCACCCGCUACCAGACUAGGCAGUCUGCUAAAGCUGUCCACCAAAAGGACACCUUGCCUGCGUCCUCUAGCUCAGUCCUGGCUGGGGACUUCCUCACCCCGCCUGCCUCUGCUGAUGUAGCAGCUGACAUUGCCAAGUACACAUCUAAAAUAAUGGACGCUAUUAAAGGAACAAUGACUGAGAUAUACAAUGAUCUUUCCAAAAGCACAACAGGAAACACUAUUGCUGAGAUACGAAGGUUGAGGAUCGAGAUUGAGAAACUCCAGUGGCUGCAUCAGCAAGAGCUUUCUGAAAUGAAACAUAAUCUGGAACUGACCAUGGCUGAGAUGAGGCAGAGUUUGGAGCAAGAGAGGGAGAGGCUUGUGUCAGAGGUAAAGAAGCAGAUGGAGGUGGAGAAGCAGCAGGCUGUGGAUGAAACGAAGAAGAAGCAGUGGUGUGCCAACUGUAAGAAGGAGGCCAUUUUCUACUGCUGUUGGAACACCAGCUACUGUGAUUAUCCUUGUCAACAAGCACACUGGCCUGAACACAUGAAAUCCUGCACGCAGUCAGCCACAGCAUCGCAGCAAGAGCCAGAGGAGGACGCCUCUGCAGUUCCACUACCCAAAACCUCAGGACAAUCACCUAAAACCCAGCAUUCACCUCCAGCCAACAAAAAUUCACCAACACACAAAACCCCCUCACCUACAAGAGACAACACUAAAGCAAGCGCCACCGUCUCUGUGUCCUAACCAGAACUUGUCUGUCAUUCCUUUAUGGUCACCAACCUGGAUGCUUUUGGACUGGGGUCUUCUUCUUCUUCUUCUUCUUCUUCUUCUCAAAGCAAAGUGACAUAUUAAACUUACACUCCUCAGCUGCCCAGUUCACUACACCUGAGGAUGUAAGAAAGUGGUUAAAUUUUUUUAUAUACAUUUCCGAAUCAUUCAUCGUUUUUUUUUAGUCUACGUAAAACUGAUUUUGUACAAAAGCUGAAACUUUCAUAUAAAAUAUGUUAAUGUAAUACUGUUUUUUUACACAGAAUUGAGUUUUAUACAGUGCAGAUAAAAUAAAUUCAUCUGCUCGGUCAGUUUUUAUGUACUCGCUGCACUUAACGGUGUCGUUAGAGAUGGUUCCUUUAUUUUUUUUUCAGAUGGUGGAUCUUAGGAAACAUGGUGGAAUUUAUUUGUUCACAACAUGCUAUGCUUUGGUUCUCACUACAUCACCCAUCAAAGACAUUCUUUGUAGCCAUCUUACUGAGGUCAUUAAUCCUGCAGAUAUUGCUUGAUUUUAGGCUGGGGAAAAAAAAGUUAUCAAGGAUGUAUUUGUAUUUCACUUCAAGUUUUCACGUGUUUACAUAUUGUAAAUAAUUAAAAAAUUAAAAGGAGACAACUAUCUGUAAGAAAAAUAAAAUCAACCCCCUUCUGAAAUUAAACUCAUGAGUUCUGUUGCAUUUCUGUAGGACUUUCUUUGGAGUCAAAAAUGAAUGAUCGAAAACAAACUACAAUAAGGCGA